AUGAAGCCCCAUUCAACAUUUCUCCUCUUCUUAGAAAUGACCGUUUGCGCAACGGUAUUGGGCUUCAUGAAUCCAAAAUCUCCAAUUCGGCUGGGUGGCCUGCUCAUCAUUUAUCUAUGUAUGUGGCAAUGCAUAACGACAUCUCCCACGUACCUCAUGCGCUCCGCCUGGGCGUCUUUGGUAGGCGGAUAUGCGGUGACGCUCUCCUUCCAUUAUAUUGAUAUUGCACUGCUAAGUCCAUGGCCUUUUGAGAGAAUUGUGUCCGCAACCAAACCCCCUCAAUUGGAGAAUGAAGAUGAAGUUAUAAGACGCCAGAAGUCUUCAGUGACGAAGGAAGGCAUUUCUUGGAAAGGAAAGUUGAAGUUUGGCCUUUCAUCAACAUUUACAGCCCGGUUCUGUGGCACUCCACACGAAGUCAGACACGUACCUCGAUUUUCGAACAAUGACCCCAACUAUGUCCCAUAUCGGACCCGAUUCAUUCGGAAUACUGUACUGACAAACAUCCCGCUUUCCAGACGUUUCCAUGAUGUCUCUCGCAACGAGCUUCUUAUGAGAACCUCCGGGGGUGUUGGAGUUAUACUCGGUCUGAUAUGUUCUCAAAGAGGCUUCUAUAACCUCUUCGCCUUGGUUGGCAAUCUGCUCGGUCUAAGCGCUCCUAGAGACUGGCCACCAUUCCAUGGAUCACCCCUGGAGGCAUACUCUUUGAGGCGUUUUUGGAGCCUUUUUUGGCAUCAAGCAAACACCCACAAGUUCAAUUCUAUCUCCGACUUUAUCCUGCGCAGUUACGCCAGGGCAAUAACCAUAUUCGCCCUUUCCGCAGUCAUGCAUUUCCUCAUCGACAUCUCGGCCGGCAUUCCAGUCCGCAAGUCUGGCACGAUCCCCUUUUUCUGUACUCAGGCCUUUGACAUCGUGUUGGAGGAUGCGGCCAUGAAGAUGUACAGCUAUAUCACGGUAUACGCCAACGCAAGACUUCCGGUACUGGCAGAAAGGGUAUUAGGCUUUACCUGGGUUGCAAUAUUUCUGAUAUGGCCUACCCCGAUGUGUGUGUACCCGAUGAUGUACCGCUCAGCGGCGGGACUUAAUGAUGCUAUCAUUCCAUUUAGCACUAUUGGGUUGCUCAACUUUCCCACCCGCAGGCCUACUUUUCUUCGUUCGAGUCGGCGGAGCCCUACCUUGCCCUGUCUUGCUUGUAGUCUUAAUACUAAGAAUGGUUAA